UCUUGUCUCAUCUCAAAUCUUCCGUCAGUCAAGCUCCAGACUGCAGACGGCAUCGACGUCUUGGUGGCAACAGUUCCGGCUGGAAACUCAGUGAAUUCGGCAAAAAGCAGCGCGCACAGGAUUUUUCAUUGCCAGUGGCAGUUUGGAGGCAAACUUUUCCAGUAUCAGCUGCUACACAAUCUGUUCCACCUGAAACAGAGGUCGUAUUUAUCUUAGAUAGCUGAGAACGAAGUGUGUCACUAGGAUUUACACGGGUGAUUUAUACCAGGUUUACUAAUAAAUCACCAGAAUGGAUGACGACGUUUUUAUCCUGGACGAGCUGGAUCAAAAUACCGAUGCAACUCUGGAAGGAUUGUCCAGCACCAGCAGCUUUAACCAGCCGUACACAACCACCUCCUUCAUUACGACCCAACUUGUGACAGAAGCAACAAAAAUUCUAUCAUCCACCGGGACGCCAACGAGUUUCUCUGUUUCAGAAGAAACAACGACGCUGGAAUUAACUACGACUACCACAGUCGUUUCCCAGGUAUCAACGGUCCUCGGUGAAACUCUUCAAUUCACCGUUAUCGAUUAUGCGAUAUUCGUACUGAUGCUUCUACUGUCGGCCUUCAUAGGCGUCUACUUUGGGUUUAUGUCGAAGAUCAAACAGAAUAAUACCAAAGAGUACCUACUCGGUGGGAAAACCAUGAGCAAAUUUCCUGUUUCGGCAUCACUUAUUGCAACGCACAUUUCUGGUAUCACACUGCUGGGUGUUCCUUCAGAACUGUACGCACAUGGUACCCAGUACUGGAUGUGUAUCGUGUGUGCGUUUAUGGUAUUCGUCCUAAUGGAGAAAAUCUACCUACCAGUAUUUUACGAUCUUCAACUGACAUCGGCUUUCACCUAUCUACAGAAACGGUUCGAUCGAACCGUUCGUUCUGCUGCCAGCUUUGUGUACGCGCUGUCCUGUUUGAUUUAUCUGCCGAUCGUAAUAUAUGUUCCUGCAUUGGCAUUCAGUCAAGUAACCGGCAUUAAUCUUCAUCUUAUCACGCCCGUGAUAUCGGUAGUUUGCAUCUUUUACACCACCGUUGGAGGACUUCGAGCUGUCGUUUGGACCGAUACGCUUCAGUUCGUUAUAAUGGUUGGAGCUACCUUGGCAAUAAUUUGUCUCGGAAUUGCUAAUGUUGGAGGGUUCUUUGAGGUUUGGGAAGCUGCCGAGCGGGGUGGCCGGUUGAUUUUCUUUGAAAUGAACCCAGAUCCAUUUGUAAGAACAUCCUUCUGGGCUGUCGCAUUCGGUCUAACAACAAUUUGGGUUGCCCAGUUAGGAGUCAGCCAAGGUUGCGUUCAACGAUUCCUAGCUGUACCGGACUUGAAAGUAGCCAAAAACUCACUUCUAAUUUUCACUGGCGGACUGAUCUUCAUCAAAAGCUGUUCAUGUUUCACGGGAUUAUUGAUGUAUGCCAAAUAUGAGUCUUGCGAUCCAUUUACGACUAAACAAAUCAACAAACUAGAUCAAAUGCUUCCAUAUUACAUUUUGGACAUUGGCGCAAAAAUACCCGGGCUUCCGGGACUGUUUGUUUCGGGAAUAUUUUCUGCCGCCUUGUCGACAAUGUCAUCCGUACUUAACACGCUGGCAGGAACGAUCUACGAAGACUUCAUUCGCCACCAUUACCCACAUUCCACUGAAAAAACAGCGAGCAACGUAAUGAAAUGUUUGGUGGUCUUGCUGGGAAUCAUUGUUAUUGGACUGGUUUUCAUAGUGGAAAAACUGGGUCAGGUUAUGCAUAUGGCCAUCUCACUAUCUGGAAUCACUUCUGGGGCUCUGCUGGGUAUGUUCACAUCCGGGAUGAUUUCGACCGUGAUCAAUACUAAAGGAGUGAUAGCUGGUUCCAUUACAUCAGUGCUUUGUAUAGGAACGAUUUUAGUGGGAGCUCAAAUGAAUCCGAAACAUCCACCACUACCCUUCAGAACCGACGGUUGCGAUGCCAGUUUGCUUCAGAAUGUGACACUAGUAAGCCAAGUUCCCCUUGCAGAACAUGAUGACAUCCCACGAAUUUUCAAACUUAGCUUCAUGUACUACGCCUUUCUGGGUGUUAUUAUCUACUUCGCGGUUGCCUACGUGGUUAGUAUACUAACCGGUGGCGGAGAUGUUAAUGACCAGCGACUUCUUGCUCCUUUUAUGAGAAAUCAAAAGCAGUACGAGAAAGAACAAACACUGCGGAUGCACAAUCUUCAGUAUGAGGAAAUCGACAUGGCACUCAGGGAGCUACAGAAAGCAACUGAUAUAAAACAGUAGUAGUUGUAUAUGUAAAAGUAAAGUUUUUAAAUAAAAUAUUGAUUUUUUUACUUUUUAA